CAAAAUACUUUUUUUUAAUUAUAGGUUAUGUUACAAAAAUUAAGAUGUGAUUGAAAUAAAUUGUAAAAAAAUACAAAAAGGAGCUCGGGAGGUGUAUUAGCAAGUUCACAUAGUAAUAUAGUUUACCAUAAGACUUAAUAAAGUUACCUCAAUUCGUUUUAUAAUGUUUCGACAGUUUAUAAAAGCACUAGGGCCUGUUAGAAACAGAUGGGCCCGAGCUGUCGCUAGCGCAGGGGGAGAGGCUAGUGGAACGAAUGCUUUUAAAAACAAUUGCAAGUCCAAGGAACAACAACUAACCGACACCCUGCGACGUGCGCUACCCGGUAUCACUUAUAUUAGUGUAACUGACGUCUCCGGAGGCUGUGGAGCUAUGUUCGAGAUCAAUGUAGAAGCAUCAGAAUUCACAGGACUCUCACGGGUUAAGCAACACCGACUAGUCACAGAUACUCUGAAAACUGAGAUAUCAGAGAUGCAUGGCAUCCGCAUACAUACCACACCAUCUCAAACAGACAAAUGAUACUAGUUAUAUAAUUUGUUAUUAGUUACUUUAUUUCCGUUUGUAUAGUUAUUACCUGUUGAUAUUCUGUUAAGUAUGAUGCAGUAGGACACAAAAUACUUUACUGCUAUAAAUAUAGUUUUACAUUGA